UUUAUGAAGCAUUGUUAGAAGAAAUAUUUCAACUUUAGGGAUUAUAUGGAUGAAAUUUCCCUUAAAAAGUUUUAGUUUUUUUUUAAGUUUUAAAGUUUUUUUACAGUUUUAAGAUGCAUAACGGAACUGCAGAUAAGAUUGCCUAACAAGGCUGAUAAGACUAAACGCAACAAUUUACUUUUAUUGAAAGCAAACCGGACUAUAUUCACAAUAUUGCAGUUGAAUACACCAAGCUCACCCAUUACAAGGCCUUCCAUACCCAAGAGAAAGAAGUAGAAUUCUACUACUUCCAAAAAAACGACAGUGAGAAUUCUAUUCUAAUAUUUUGAGUCUUGACUAAAAAAACUCUUUUUGCUAGGUAUUAUGAGACAGAAGCUAACUAUUUGUUUUUCAGUUUUUGAAAAAAAGUAGUUUUAAAACCAAAUACACUACAGUACAAAGCAGACCUUUUUUGAUAAUGACCUUUGAAAUCGACCGCAAACAAGUAUAUCUGAUUAGUUUAUCGCAGACAUUAAAAACAAUUAUAAAGGGUUGGCGUAAUCCAAUUUCAUACUUCAUACAAGUCAAAUGUUCAAUUUAAUCUCUAAAUUUGUUUUAUGGUCCCUAGACCUUACAUAAUUACUACAGGAGUGUAAGUCCUUAGCCACCCAAGUGGUUAAACUUCCUGUAGUGCCCAACAGCUCCACGCCUUUCUCAUGUUUCCCGUUCUGUUACUUUUUUUUUUUACUUUGGUUUUAUAAAGGACUAUCCUCCAAAAAUUUCAUUAUUCCAUUUUUGUACUAUUUUGCCGACAGUCAUCACAAAAAUUUCAUAAAUGGCAUACAUUUUUCUUAUCAUGUCAUCAUGAUAAACUUUUAAAAAGCACUAUAACAACGAUGAGCGUAGUGGCAUUUUUGAUCUGAUUGGAUGCUCUGAUUCACCAUAUAUGCGGCAGACAACUGGUUCGUUCUCUUACUGUUGCACUUACUGUAAGUAUACAGUAACUUCUGUAGGCAGAUACUGCUUCUGUCCAACUUCAGUUCCUCGAUUCACACUCGAUUUUACUAAAUAUUUGAACAUUGGCGCGCUUCGGCACCGCACUCAUCGCUCCUGCUGCCGCAGCAAUUUGUCCGUUUUGCCGCUACUCCUGCUGCCGCAGCAGCUGUUGUCGCUGGCGAUGUUUUUAUGCCUGUGUGUCUGAGUGUAUGUUAGGCAGUGUGUGUACAUGACUGUGUAUAAGAGUCGCUCUGUGUCUGUUGUGCUUGUGAGCCAUAACCGCCUAUAUUAUUGUCAGUAGCCCCAUUCGUAGUGUGUUCGGGUUGAUGUGGAAGACGCUCCUUGGCCACCUGCACAACCUCGCAGCUGUUCAGGUGGCAGGACGGUGGCGAAAGCUCUAUUGGUGGUCAUAACUUUAAACUUGUUUUAGAACAAAGUGACGAUCUCCGCUGAAUUGGAUUUCUGAGUGGAACUCAUCUCGAGUCGGGCUAGCUGGAUUAGUUAUGAAGUUAUGCUCGAUACAAGUUGUAUUUGAAAUUGCAGUCCAGCAUUCAAGCAAACUGGUUUAAAUUAUACUGGAGCAAUGACGGAGCAAAAUUUUAACCAACCUUCGGGGUCGGUGAUGCAGUUUGAGAAUCCGAAUCAUGCAAAAGACCUUCUGGAAAACUUCUUUGCUCGCACAAUUAGCGAAAUGCACAGCAUGAACUAUGCUGAUUCGAAAGCACCUGAGCUCCCAUUGGCACGAAUAAAGAAAAUUAUGAAACUUGAUGAAGAUGUAAAGAUGAUAAGCGCGGAAGCACCGAUCCUGUUUGCGAAAGCUGCGGAGUUAUUUAUUAUGGAGCUCACUCUCCGGGCCUGGGUGCACACUGAGGAUAAUAAGAGAAGAACAUUACAGAGAAACGAUAUUGCCAUGGCGAUAUCAAAAUUUGAUAUGUUCGACUUUUUAAUUGAUAUCGUGCCCCGUGAGGAGCAGCGUCCUACUAUGCAGCAAUCAACAGCACAGGUGAAAAGUCAAACGUUAAAAGAGGCUGAGCCGCAAGUGCUUAAAACUGUCUCGACGGCGCAGAAUCAAAGUACAACUGUUGGAACAACUGACCAGGUACAAUACCUUCUUCAGUUAGCGGCGCAACAAGGUACGUUAGGCGGUCUUCCGUCUGCUCCUCAGUUGGGGCCUACUCAGCAAAUCCAGAUUUUUCCGCAAGGGGGCGGACCUCCGCAAACGAUACAAAUCGCUGCUCCUCAGCCUACCCAUAACUUCCUCGCUCCUCAGGUGGUUCAGGUUGCCUCACUUGAUGGGGGCCAAACAGCGGCCCUCGUUCAGAACGGUCAGGUAAUUCAGCAACUCCAGCCACCGGUACUUCAACAAACAACAACUCCUGGUGCUCAGGCACAACCUCAACAGAUACAGAUUGUCCAACAUGUUACCAAUGCACAGGCUCAGCUUGGCGCAGGAGGCCAAAUUCAGUUACUUCGGGUUACUGGUAAUGGAGGAGCCGCUAGUCAACCAAUCAUCCUUCAGGCAACAGCAGCUGGAACUCCUCAAACUGCAACAGCAGCGGCUCAGCACCAAAACCCGGCCCCACCACAAACACAGCAUCACGCAGCUGCGCAGACAAUCUUUCUCCCUAAUGGUCAACAGGUCUUCCUACACCCAGGAACAACGAUCCAGCAAGCACUUCACGGAGAAGAGGAAACUGCUGUUACGGUUGGACACUAAAAAUUUUUUCUACCCGGAUUAAUCAACGAUGAGGACUGGUGUGACAUACGUGAGAUGCUUUGACCAUAUGUGAAAUCUUCGUUUUACAUUGCACAUAUUCGCCCUUUAUAUACGGAGAUAUAAGUACAUCGGAAAGGAAACCGUUGCUUGAAGUUACCACUGUAUGUACAAAACAUGUAAUACAAACUAAAACUGUAUAUUGAUCGGUUUGUCUAGGCGAGCUAUGUGCAUGGCUUUGUGAAUAGGUUUGAAGGCCUUUGUAAAACAACUUCAAAAAACCCUAAAGGAAAACACUAAUAAUAAUAAUACCAAUAAUAAUAACGACUAGAAGACGGAUGUCGUAUUUUAUGUAUAUAGAUAAUACAUGUGACUGCUGCGAGUGUUCACGUCUAUAAUUUCUGUCUUAAAGGCCAAUAAACGAGUACUAAUUUUGUAACUUGUUUUAUUUUUAAACAGGGAUCUAUCACUUAAGGAAACAUUGAUGUCAAUGUCUCACAUUGUAGAUCAAAAGCAUACGCGAAAUUGGUUGAGGUUUCGCCAUAUUUAUUCACGUUAUGAAAACUAUUAACCACUAGAUUACACUCAAUUCGUGAACAAUUUAUGCAUGUGUACUAUAUUAUAUUAUAUUUGUAUCACUAUGUAUAUGAAGCCACUUGCGUAUGGUUCGAGUCUGGCGUAUAUGACAUAUUCAAAUUACUUUCCGUAAAGGUGCUCGCAGUCUUGGCUACAUAUACCUGUCUUUCGUAGAACAUUGUUAUACACAGCACUUAAUUCCCACUGAACUUGUUUAGGUAUUCGGAUUAAUUGAAAUGCUGCAGAUUUUCACACCCGGAAUUCUGAUAGCAUUGCUUCAGUCAGCUGACUUCCAGAAUGAAACAAACCUGACUGUUUAAAGACCCAUAUAUCAUUCAGUCUUUAACAAGUAGGGAUAUUUCCAUUGUACCCUUGUGCAGACAGUUCCCGUUCACGCUACGCAGCACAUACUGUCCACGUGUGUUUUUUGGCAUUGAUGGUGUUUUUUGCUAUCUUUAGCAUCGUAGAAGCUCGUGUCCAUCGUAAUCCUUAGCGUCUUCGCACGUAAACCUUUUUGCGAGGCAUACAUGAAUCUCUUACAAAAAGAUUUGCAUAAAAAGUGUGUUGCGCAUAUUUCCAGAUCGUAAAACUGGCUCGUUAUACCAGCUGGAGCUACUUUUGCCAUCGCCAACGUCUAUUUAUCUUGAUUGGAUUUAGCAUGCUGUUAGUGAGUUACCUCACUGACAUCGCAGAUGGCAAAUACUAACUUUUCCGUGGCUUACACGGCGUGAAGGCUCAGUUGAGGUUGUUAUAGGGAAAUCCUAUUGGCCCUGUUGUUUCCCUGGAUUCCGAGUUAAUCCAUUCAGUUUGAGUUUUGAAGUCUACUAAUUUAUAGCGCUUCAUAAUGGCUUGGGGAAG